AUGCUGCCUGAUUUCGGCUGGACCGAACUUCUGGUCAUUUCCAUCGUUCUGAUCGUUGUGAUCGGACCGAAGGAUCUGCCGCGAGUCCUGCGCGGGUUCGGCAACACGAUGAGUUCCGUGCGCCGCAUGGCCGGCGAUUUCCGCAAGCAGUUCGACGACGCGCUCAAGGAGGCGGAGCUGGACGAUGUGCGCAAGCUUGCCGACGAUGUUCGAUCACUCGAUCCGCGCAAGCAGAUCAAGGACGCGCUCAAUCCGCUGUCCGAGCCGCUCGAGGAGAUUGGCCGCGACAUCGACGCCGACAUGAAGCGGGCCAUGGGCGACAGCAAACUGCCCGAACUGCCGAAAAGCCCGCCCCAGAUGGGCCUCGAUCAGGACCUCGGCGAACGGCGCGGCCUCCAAGUCCUCGACACGCAAGAGGGGGACAAGCACCGCAGCAUCCAGGUCCCCGUCGGCCAAGACGGCGAAGACCGCAUCGCAGCGGACCGCUUCUGCCGAAACCGCCUCGGCGAAGACCGCAUCGUCAAAGCCGCGCAAGCGCCAGUCCGCCAAGGCGGCCGCCGAUCAGGACACCGGCGGGAGCACAACGUCGUGAGCCGAGACAACGAAGAGGCGCAGAUGGAGGCGACCGCCGCGCCUCUGAUGGAGCAUCUUGUCGAGUUGCGGCGCCGCCUGAUCUGGUGCGUGGGCGGCUUUCUGGCCGGUUUCAUCCUGUCGUUUGCCUUUGCCACGCCGAUCUUCAACGCGCUGGUCGUGCCGUUUCAAUGGGCCGUCGACUGGCACGGCAUGACCGCCGACGAUGUGCAGUUCAUCUACACCGCGCCGCAGGAAUUCUUCUUCACGCAGAUCAAGAUCGGUGCGUUCGGCGGGCUGGUGCUCGCCUUUCCGUUGAUCGCGACGCAGCUUUAUUUGUUCAUCGCGCCGGGGCUUUACGCCAAUGAACGCGGCGCGUUCCUGCCGUUUCUUUUGGCCACGCCGAUCCUGUUUCUGAUCGGCGCGGCGCUGGUCUAUUUCAUGAUCAUUCCGAUGGCGAUGUGGUUCUUCCUGUCGCUUGAACAGACCGGCGGCGAGGGCGUCGCCUCGAUCCAGCAUCUGCCGCGCGUGUCGGAAUAUCUGUCGCUGAUCAUGACGCUGAUCUUCGCCUUCGGGCUGGUGUUCCAGCUUCCCGUCGCGUUGACGCUUUUGUCGCGCGCCGGGCUGGUGACGCCGGAAGGGCUCGCAAACAAGCGCAAAUAUGCGAUCGUCAUCGCCUUUGUCGCGGCGGCCAUCCUGACGCCGCCGGACCCGAUGACCCAGCUCGGCCUCGCCGUGCCGACCAUCCUUCUUUACGAACUGUCGAUCUUCAUGGCGCGCCGUUUCCAGCCGCCGCCGUCCGAAUAUGAUGAAGAGGACGAGGAAGACGACGAUCCCGAACCCGGCGAUGCGGCGCCCGAUGCCGCCAAGGCCGGCGCCUCCUGA